CAAUAUGGCUGCCUCUGAGGAGUUAGCCGCGGAAGAACAAAAACAAAAGUAUUAUGUUUUCUAUUGCAUGAGUUGUCUUAACAUCCUAGGAGAUAGUUUUGCAACAGCGAGGAUGAACAAAAAUUUAAAAAGCAUAUCACUUAAUGCUGUCACUGAAUCUGUGGGAAUAUCUCAGGAAUGCGAGACAUCCGGUGAAGGAGAUGAUAGAGGAAGUACCUUUCAUAUUCUGGAAUGCAAGCACUGUCACCGUGCUAUCGGCCGAAUGUACGACACCACACCAAAGAAACUAGACUGCAUUAGAGAUCUGUACACACUAGACUGGAACAAAGUUAAAAGUUACCAACUUGGACAGGGCACAAACACAAGCAUUAAGCCGAAUAUACAAGAUGCGGAAUUAAUAACACAUUCAAUGUUGCUCAAUUUGAAUGAAAGAGUUAACAAGCUCGAGGGUUUAGUUGAAGAGGUCAUAAGUGAAGAUGAAUUAUCUGAAAAUGAACAUGAUGCUAAUCGUUAUGAUAAAAAAAGAAAAAUUAGAUGAAUCAUUUGCAGAAAAACAUUUUGUGUUUAUAUGAAAUAUGAUGUUUAUAUGAUAUUUAAAUAAUGAUGUAACUACAGUUUAGCUUAUAAUAUAAACCUAUUGUUGUAAAAGUGUUA